CUGAAAUCUAGGUGGGUUGAAACUGCAGUCAACAGCGCAGACAAAAGACGCCGAUCUUCGCCAUCGAGGACAACCACCACCACCAUCACUACGGAAACUCCAACACAAUGUCUUCCCUAAUCGGGGGAAUCUAUCCGCCGACCCUGGAUGAUGGUGUGGAGAGAGACCAGCUCGUGCAAACCAUCAAGGACUGGACCAUUGCGAACGGCCUUGCUGUACGGCCCCCUCCGGCAUUUGCCGACGGUGAAUUCGAAGGGGCUCUGGCCAUUAGCGCCCCAGUAACACUCUUCCCGAGCCCGUUCCCCAAAGCCUGUUUCGAGGAGGCCAGGGCCAUCCAAACCAAGUACAAUGAGCUGUACGCCCGCAUCAGCCAGGAUGAGGAGUACCUCGGCAGUCUUGUGCAGGAGGUCGCUGGAGGCGACGACUUCAUUGCCAACCUGUGGAAGGUUCACCUGCGGGUGAAAGAGGAGGGCUAUGUCCAGAAUCUCAGCCUCGGCCUCUUCCGGUCCGACUACAUGGUCCACCAGGAUGGCGACAACCUCCAGAUCAAGCAAGUCGAGUUCAACACCAUCGCAUCCUCGUUUGGGGGGCUUUCCACUCAGACUUCUUUGCUCCACAAACAUCUCGCCAAAACCGAGUAUCCCCUCCUAAAGGAACCGGUGUCGCUCCCCCCUGCCGACCUCCCCCCCAAUCCCAGCGCGGAGGGCCUCGCCGCAGGACUAGCAGCUGCAUUCCACGCCUACGGGAAGUCCGCCCUUGGCCACCAGACCUGCGUCCUCUUCCUCGUCCAGGACGAGGAGCGCAACGUCUUCGACCAGCGCCACUUGGAAUACGCCCUCCGGUCCUCUGGCGCGGAACCCAUCCCCGUCUUCCGCCUCCCCUUCUCUCAGAUCCUCACGCAUACAACCAUCCCCCCUUCCUCCCCGGGCCGUCAGCUCCUCUACCACCCACCCCAGAACCCUGCCCGCACCUUCGAGGUCGCCGUCGUCUACCUCCGCGCCGGAUACGGCCCAGCGGACUACCCGUCCCAGUCGGCCUGGGAAGCACGCUACCAGAUCGAGCGCUCGGCAGCCAUCGCCUGCCCGUCGGUGCUCACCCAGCUGGCCGGCAUGAAGAAGGUCCAGCAGGUACUCGCCACCCCGGAAGCCGUCACCUCCGGCCCGGGCGCCCUGCGCCGCUUCGUCCCCGACAGCGACGGCGACGCCACCUACCAGGCCCUCUGGAAGACGUUCGCCAACAUCUACCCCCUGGACACCAGCCCCGCGGGGCUGGAGGCGCGGCGGCUCGCGACGGACCCGGAGGAGUGCAAGCGGUUCGUCAUGAAGCCGCAGCGCGAGGGCGGCGGGAACAACUUCUACCGGACGGCCAUCCCGCGGAGGCUGAGCGAGAUCCCCGAGAGCCACUGGGGUUCGUACAUUCUGAUGGAGCUGAUCACGCCGCCGCCCCUGGUGAACACCAUUCUGCGGAACGGGAAGCUGGAGCACGGCGGUGUCAUCUGCGAGCUGGGGAUCUACGGGACGUGCCUGUGGGACCAGAAGACUGGGGCGGUUCUGCGGAACGAGGAAAGCGGGUACCUGUUGCGGACAAAGGGCGAUCAGAGCGAGGAAGGGGGUGUAGCGGCGGGGUACGGGUGUAUGGAUUCUUGCCGGUUGGUCUAGAGCGGGUGAGGUGGCAUGCAAUGAAGAGAUUCCGUAAGAGCGUACAUAGAGCCGGAAUAGAGCAGGCGUUUAAAAAGCUGAAGC